GCCUCAGCCCCAGCUAGAGCCGGCACCAGCGGAGCCAGAGCCGUGGACCCUGCGCCCGGCGACGCCGGAGCCCGGGCCGCACCCUGAUCUUGGUCUUUUGCUGAGGAAUGGAUGGACUCUAUGGGAUGAUUGCCAAACGGGAUGUAAGGAUACCCUGGAGUCUGAUCUUUGGCAGCAGGUGAAGACCAAGUCCCUGGACUGGCCCCACACUCCCUUAUAGGCCCCGUAGAGUCAAGAUGAGGCCCCAUCAUGCCCUUCACUGAGGCCUGCAGCCUGAGCAGACAGCAUGGCCUACCACUGUAGGUGAACACCAUGGCUACAGGAGGAGGCCGGGCCUUUACUUGGCAGGUGUUCCCACCCAUGCCCACCUGCCGGGUAUAUGGCACAGUGGCGUACCAGGAUGGGCACCUGCUUGUGCUGGGGGGCUGUGGCCGGGCUGGACUGCCUCUGGACACUGCUGAGACGUUGGAUAUGGCCUCGCACACGUGGGUGGCACUGGCGCCCCUGCCCACUGCCCGGGCUGGUGCGGCUGCUGUGGUACUGGGCAAGCAGGUGCUAGUGGUGGGUGGUGUAGAUGAAGGCCAGAGUCCGGUAGCUGCUGUGGAGGCCUUCCUGGCUGACGAGGGCCGUUGGGAGCGUCGGGCCACUCUCCCUCAGGCCGCCAUGGGGGUUGCGACUGUGGAAAGAGAUGGUAUGGUGUAUGCACUGGGGGGAAUGGGCCCUGACACGGCCCCCCAGGCCCAGGUUCGGGUAUAUGAACCCCGCCGGGACUGCUGGCUGUCGCUGCCCUCGAUGCCCACACCCUGCUACGGGGCCUCUACCUUCCUGCAUGGAAACAAGAUCUAUGUCCUGGGGGGCCGCCAGGGCAAGCUCCCAGUGACUGCUUUUGAGGCCUUUGAUCUGGAGGCCCGUACCUGGACCCGACACCCAAGCCUGCCCAGCCGCCGGGCCUUUGCCGGCUGUGCCAUGGCCGAAGGCAGCGUCUUUAGCCUGGGUGGCCUGCAGCAGCCUGGGCCCCACAAUUUCUACUCCCGCCCACACUUUGUCAACACUGUGGAGAUGUUCGACCUGGAGCAUGGGUCCUGGACCAAGCUGCCCCGCAGCCUACGCAUGAGGGACAAGAGAGCUGACUUUGUGGUUGGCUCACUUGGGGACCACGUCGUGGCCAUUGGGGGCCUUGGAAACCAGCCGUGUCCCCUGGGCUCUGUAGAGGGCUUCAGCCUGGCACGGCGCCGCUGGGAGGCACUGCCAGCUAUGCCCACAGCCCGCUGCUCCUGUUCUAGUCUGCAGGCUGGGCCUCGGCUGUUUGCCAUCGGGGGUGUGGCCCAGGGUCCCAGUCAGGCUGUGGAGGCACUGUGUCUGCGCGAUGGGGUCUGAGUGCCUGAUGGGACCUGUCCACAGGAGCAGUUCUGUGCCAGGAGCAGGUGUCUGUGGCUCCUUUUGCUGCUGAGAAAGCUCACUGUGGCUCUGUGGGGUGAGGGAGGCACAGGGGGGCACUUGAGACACUGCCCCUAGGACGUGGGGGUGGCCUUCAUCUUUAGUGCAGGACACACAGACCCUUCGACCCACCUUUACUCCCAUCCGUUCGUGGACCAUGAUGGCCAGCUCCACCCUUGCUCUGGAAACUACUGGGCCUCUGACCCACUGGGAACUGGGAGAGGGCAGUUGGCCUCCUGUCCCACGGCUCGGUGCCUGCCUGGAGUUGAUCAGGCCCACCCCAAUGGCUAUUCCUGAAAACUCCUCGCUGUCAGCCUGCCUGGAAGGCCCCCGUGGACCCAGAAGAGUUCAGAGAGGGCGGGAACACAGAGGGGUGUAGGCGUCGAUGUGGGGACCUCCAGAGGGCCAGAAGAACAUUGACUGUGGGCCCUUCACACUGCUGGCUGUGUGACCUCGGGCAAGUCACUUCACCUCUCUGUGCCUCAGCAUCCUCAUCUGUAAAUGGGGACCUCGGGGACCUUCCUGCCCUGCCUACCUCACAGGGCUGUUGUGAGGACCCGGGGGUUCAGAUGUGGAAGUAA